CUCAUCCCUCAGUGUGUCAAGCGUGCUCGGCUGCGACAUGACCAGAGCCCCGCAAACCUGGCCAUUCAAACAUGGAGCUGUUUAAAUCGUUAAUUUCGGUGUUUUGGAUAUUUUUGCUCAACAGAAACGAAGAGUCCCUUGCAGAGGAAGUAGUCUUACUGAAUUCUAAGGAGUCCCAGGCAGAGCUGGGUUGGACAUCAUAUCCUUCUAAUGGGUGGGAGGAAAUCAGCGGCGUGGAUGAGAAAUACAAGCCCAUUCGCACAUAUCAAGUAUGCAACGUGAUGGAGCCCAGCCAGAACAACUGGCUUCAGACUGGUUGGAUAUGGCGACAGGGUGGCCAGCGCAUCUUCAUCGAGUUGCAGUUCACCCUGCGUGACUGCAACAGCAUCCCCGGCGUGUCCGGCAGCUGCAAAGAGACCUUCAACCUCCUCUAUGCCGAGUCAGACUGGGACCUGGGCCGCGUGGUCCGCGAGGACCGCUACAGCAAAAUCGACACAAUUGCGGCAGACGAAAGUUUUACGCAGGGUGAUUUAGGUGAACGUAAGAUGAAGCUUAACACGGAAGUCCGUGAGAUUGGACACCUCAACCGCAAGGGAUUCCAUCUGGCCUUUCAGGAUGUUGGUGCAUGCGUUGCGCUAGUUUCUGUAAGAGUGUACUACAAGCGAUGUUUGUCAACUGUGCAGAAUUUAGCCGUGUUUCCGGAUACAGUAGCCGAAGCAGCAUUCUCUACACUGGUGGAGGUGAGAGGGACGUGUGUAAAUAACUCAGAGGUGGACACAGACAGUCCUCCCAGAAUGCAUUGCAGUGCUGAAGGGGAGUGGCUUGUGCCAAUCGGGAAAUGCAGCUGCAGCUCUGGAUAUGAGGAGGGACACAGCAGCUGUGAGGCCUGUCCCCCGGGUACCUAUAAGAUGUCAUCACGCCAGCAAGAGUGUUUCACGUGUCCAGCUAACAGCAUGACUGAGGAGGAGGGUUCCGUCCUCUGUGUGUGUGAGGAAGACCACUUCAGAACGCCACUUGAUGCCCCCUCUGCACCCUGCACACGCCCUCCUUCUCCACCUCGUGAUCUGGUUUACACCCUUAAACAAUCCACACUCAUUCUGGAAUGGGCCGCACCAAACGACUCUGGAGGCAGAGUGGAUCUUACCUAUACCAUAGGCUGUCGGCGAUGUGUCGGCCCCCCACGGGCCCCCCAGGUGCAGUGUGAGCCCUGUGGGGCCAGUGUGGGCUUCGUACCCCAGCAGAGCAGCCUUAUGGAGCGCACGGUCACUGUGGUGAACCUGCUUCCCAACUCCAACUAUUCUUUCAGCGUUGAAGCCCGCAAUGGCGUCUCAGAGUUGCUGCCCAAUAAAAGGUUCUACACUCAAGUCAACAUUUCCACCAGCAUUCCAGCACCUUCUCAAGUCAGCGAGCUGCGAGCGGAGAAGGUUGAGCAGCGGAGUGUGACUUUGGUUUGGAGAGAACCCAUUGUGUAUCCCAACAGCAGCCGCACUGAAUACGAGAUCAAAUACUAUGAAAAGGACCAGAAAGACCAGAGCUAUUCCACAGUGAAGACUGCUGCUACCAAAAUCAGCAUCAACAACCUGAAACCGGGAACCACCUACGUCUUCCUCAUCCGCACCUGCUCCAGUCCUGCCCUUUCUUCCCUGUCCUCCUCUCCUCUUUCUUCCUCUUCCUCCUCCUCAUCCCCCUCUUCCCCAUCUGCCUCUUCCUCUUCAAGCCCUGUGGCAGCUGUGUCACCCUCACCGCUCGACUACGGGGCGUACAACACACCGCUGGAGCUGCAGACACUGGGAGAAAUGGCUCUGGCCUCCAGUGAGCAGAGUCCCGUGGUGAUCAUCGUGGUGGUCUCUGUAGCUGCCCUCAUCAUGUUACUGACUUUCGGAGUUGGACUGCUCAUCUGGAAAAGUGGCUUCUCCAGACCCUCCAAUGUAGCUCCUUCUCGCGUGGUGCUGCUCUCUACCUCCUUCUCUACUCUUCCUCCUCCUCUUCCUCCCUCCACGCAGCUGUCUCCCAGACAAUGUGGCUACAGUAAAGCCAGCCAGGAGGGAGAUGAUGAGCUGUACUUUCAAUUUAAAAUCCCAACCAGACGGACAUAUAUUGACCCAGAAACGUGUGAAGAUCUGCUUCAGGCUGUUCACGCCUUUGCCAAAGAGCUGGACAUCUCUAGCAUCAAGAUAGAGAGAAUAGUCCAUACAGGAGACUUUGGGGAAGUGUGUCGGGGUUGCCUGAAGCUACCCAGCAAACGCGAGUUACCCGUGGACAUAAAGACCCUUCGUGCGGGCUGCUCAGAGAAACAGAGACGCUCGUUCCUCAGCGAGGCAGGAAUUCUGGGACAGUUCGAUCAUGCCAACAUUGUGCGUCUGGAGGGAGUCAUCACCAGAGGCAACACUAUGAUGACUGUGGUGGAGAGCAUGGCCAAUGGGUCACUUGACUCUUUCCUGCGGAAACACGAGGGUCAGCUGACUGUUCUUCAGCUGGUAGAUCUGUUGAGUGGAGUGGCGUCUGGUAUGAAGUAUCUGACAGAGAUGGGCUUCAUCCAUCGCAGACUUGCCGCUCACAAAGUUCUAGUUAACAGCAGCCUGGUCUGCAAAGUGUCAGGUUUCAGACCACUACAGGACGACAAGAUUGAGGCGGUCUACAGCACACUACACGGAGGGAAGAGUUUGGUGCUCUGGACGGCCCCAGAGGCCAUUCAGUACCAUCGCUACAGCUCAGCCUCUGAUGUAUGGAGCUUUGGUAUUGUCAUGUGGGAAGUAAUGUCCUUCGGGGAGAGACCGUACUGGGACAUGGGCAACCAAGAUGUAAUUAAAGCUAUAGAAGACGGGUUCCGGUUACCCGCUCCUGUGAAUUGCCCGCCGUCUCUCCACCAGCUUAUGUUGGACUGCUGGCAGAAGGAGAGAACAGAGAGACCCACCUUCACCCAGAUCCAUAGCGCUCUCAGCAAGACCAUCAGGAGCCCAGACAACAUCGGCUCCUCCACGCUGGGACGCCGGACUCUGGGCUCAUCUGUAUCACUAGCAGAACGAACUCUUCCCUCCUUCCCUUCAUUUAGUUCAGUUGGCGAGUGGUUGGAAGCUGUAGACAUGGGCCGCUACAAAGACAACUUCACUGCUGCGGGAUACUGUUAUCUAGAGUCAGUGGCCCGCAUGACUGUUCAGGAUGUGUUGAGUCUCGGCAUCACUUCUCUGGAGCACCAGAAACAGAUCCUGUCUGCCAUACAGACUCUCAGAGCACAGGUUAUCCAGAUGCAUGGUCGCGGAGUCCAGGUCUGAUACACACACACACUCUUAACCACAUACCCCAGAACCUCAGCAGUGCCCUGGCUUAAAGAGGACAAACACAUUGACGUCUGUUGUCAUAAUUACCCAGCAGGCCAUUCAACAGUCAGGAGGUGAUCAUUUAGUUACUGAAAUGGCAGUGUUCUUCCUAAUCUUCCCCUUUUUCCUCUUCCUGAUCUUCUCUUUGGGUGAAAAAUGGUUAUUUGCAGUACUUCCACAAACUAAGUUCCUUUUUCUGAGAGACAAUAUCACAAGAAGAGAGAGUUCCUUUAAAACAACCUGUGUGCCAAUUUCACCUGCUUUUUCUUCCACUGUCCAACAAUGACCUUUACACAGCUCUGCCCC